CUUAAAAUGUAUGGAUGUGAAGUGAUAAAGCUGAAGUGAUAACCCAUACCACCACAAUUUAUCUCCACAGAACAUUUAAGAAUCAAUGGCAUUCCAAAUACAAUGGUCCAUUCCUGUUCCUGUUCCUGUCGAAGUUACUCCAAGGAAAACACAUCAAUUAAUACAGUGCAUUGUUGACAGCAACGCAAAGAAAUUAAAGAAACUUGUUAGUAAAUCCAAUAUUAAUGGACUGUACUCUUCAGCAAUCUGGAAUGAUGAUGUUUCCCUCCUGACUGCAGCAGUUGUAUGUGGGAAUGAAGAGAUUUGUAACUUUCUACUGAGAGAAAAAGCUGAUCCCAACAUACUAUCCACAAAUCGCCUAACAUCUCUGCACUAUGCUGCAAAUACUCCAGGAGUUCCACUGAAUAUUGUGAGAAGAUUAAUAGCUGCAAAAGCUAAUCCAGAUGGUCAUCAACAACAACCAUUUACACCAUUACAGUUUGCUGCCAGUAAUGACAGACUGGAUGUGAUUGAAGCACUUAUAAAAGCUGGUGCAAACCCUGAAAGAAAUUAUGGGAAGGGAUUUGUGGAUUUGGAUGAAAAAGUAGAGAAUCUUAUUAAUAGAUUACCUGCAGGAAAUGAAGCUGUAGAAAAAUGCAAAAUGUUUUUCACUUUUGCUGCUAUGGUUCCCAGAAAAACUCAGUCAGAGGUUUUUAACUUCUGUAGGGAACAUUUUUUUGAGGAGCAUCCUCUUACCCAUAUGCUACUUUUUGAAAGAUAUUUUAAUGUUGUGGGACCAUCAGCAGAACAGUAUCAACAGAGUAGCACAAAGUGGUUGAAAAACUCAAUGAAAACAGAGAUCUACAUCAACGGAUUCAUUGAGCGCUUUCCCAGAAUUCCUAUUGAACAUAGGAUAAUGUCACUUAACAGCUUACAUGCUGUAAUAUGCAUGAUGAGAGAAAUUUCCCCUCAAAUAUUUAAUGCAGUCGUACCCAUUUUGAACAAGUGUUUAGUGCCUAGUACAGUGCAGGGAAAUGUGUUCAACCACCUAAUACUAAGUAUUCUUUAUGUGACUAUGGACAAGUCCUCAAAGCAAAAGCCUGCUGCUGAAAGUCUUCACUCUGAUGUGCUUGAAAAGUUAUGCGAUGCACUUAUGCCUUUCACCAAUCCUAACUUUUCAACUGAGGUCAGCAGACUUACUUACUGUUUAUUUGCUGACCUACACAAGUUUGUCCCAGAGCACAUUAACUCAUGUGGAGUAACCUCAGUGCCUGAAAGAGUUCUUCAUGCUGUAGAUAUAGGACCAGAUGAUGCAAUUAAAGAAAAACUCCACAAACUGGACACAAAUCUCAGAAAUCCCCAAAUCUCAAGCACUGUAGAUUGCAUGGGUGAAGUAGCAGACAGAAUGCCAUCAAAGAAGAAAAAAAAAAGAAAAAAAAAGAAAGACAAUCAACAAGACAUUAUCUCAAAAGAAGAUUCUGAUACUGCAAAAACAUCAGUUCAGGAGUCUAGUGUGCAUCCAUAUGCAACACACACUGAGGAUUUACCAGUUAAAAGAAAUUGGCUUUCAUUGAGUCAACGUUGGAAGCCCAAGCUAGAGAAGCUUGCUAACCUACCAGCAAGUAAGGUUUAUCACCUGGGGAAUCUUACAAUUGGCAAUAGUUCUGAAUUUGAGAUCGCUAAAGGAAGUGAUGGAACUCGUGUUUUUCUUGGUCUGAGAGAUGAUGGCACUGAGGUAGCUGUCAAACGAAUGUACAGGUCCGAAUAUCAAGGCCUCAAAAAUGAAGAGCAAUUUUUACGGCUUCCUCAGCUUGAUAAUCCUUGUAUUGUGCGCUAUGUGGACUUUGCAGAGGAUGAACAUUUUGGAUAUCUUGCUCUUCAACUUUGUGAAUACACACUGAACGAAUACAUUGAAGACCAUUUGCCAGAAGACACUUCUCAGCAGCUACAGGUCCUGAAGAAAAUUGUAAAAGAAGUGCUUUAUAGCUUAAAUGCUCUUCACGGCCAUGACACCAAAGUGCUUCACCGAGAUAUCAAACCACAGAAUGUUCUGAUUGAUAUAACCGGAAAGGCAAGACUAGCUGAUUUCGGCAUAAGUCGAAGACUGAAGUUGGGGGAGACGACUUGCCGCACUAAUCCUGCUGGAACAAAGUACUGGAAAGCCAGAGAGACGCUUGAAGAGGACAUUAACAGUGGCUACAAGAGGAGUUCUGACAUUCAGGUGGCAGGAAUGUUAAUAUAUUACAUCCUCUCCCGUGGACAUCAUCCAUUUGGCACAGGCCCUCGAUGUGAGAGUAACAUUCUUGAUGGGAAGUACUCUUUGGAACACGUGGAGGAUGAACUGGCAAAGGACCUGGUGAAGUGGAUGAUCAGUCAUGAACCAAAGGACAGACCUAAUGUAGAGGAAACCCUUCGCCACCCAUUCUUUUGGCCAAAUAAAGAUAAAUUGGACUACUUAGACAAGCUGGGUAAUGAAAAGGAAGUAGAAAACUGCCGCAACGCUGGCCCAGACCUCCUUUCUGCUAUAGAGGCUGUUACAGCAGGGGAAAGUUUCUUAGACUGGAAAACAAAAUUACCUGCUGAGCUUGUGCAAAAAUUGGAUGGUAGGAAAAAGACCUACCCAGAGAACACACUUGGUCUGCUGCGCUUCUUAAGGAAUCUGCAUCAGCAUUACUCUGAUGAUGCCAAGAAUUUAAAUUUGAUGACGUUAUUCCCUGACCUUUUUGAAACUGUUUUCAUGUUUGCCAAAACGAGAGGGUGGACCACUUCGAUGGAAUUUAUGCUUGAGAUACCGGAGACAUGAUCACUAUCAAAAUGCACAAUUAUGUCUCCACUGUCAUUGUGAUUUGUUUGAUAAAUAUUAAUUCAUUGUUAAUAUUUUUUUUAUAUUUACAUUAGUCAUGAUAAUGUUUUAUUAAAAUAUCACGUUAGUUUUAUACAUGCUGCUGUGAUUACUACAUACACACUGUUUAAUAAGCUGGCACCAGCUGACCUUCUGCUAACUUUUAAUGGUGAAGUGAACCCAUUAUGAACAUGCACUCAUUAUAUACUUUGUAUAUAGAAAUUAUCUGGUGCUGGACAUCUCUAUUCAUAUUUUUUCAACCAGAGUUUUUUCUUAGUUCCCAGUUACUUUUUUAUAUUUCUUAAUUCUGUAGUUCUUAUGGAGGUGAUGUCUAUCGAUCUCUGCAAUUUUUUACAAAAAUUGUAAUCGUUAUUAAGGGCAUUUAACAAACUUCAUUUUUGAUAUAAAAUGGCAUUAAGGAUUUGAUGUAAACAAGAUUUAUAACAUUUCUAUUUAUACCAUUGUGUAAUUGAAAGUCUAACUGAAAAAUAAAUCCAGGAUUUUGUGAUCACAAAUUUAAUGCUAAACCAGGCUAAAUCUCCGAUAGUUGGUUGAAAUUUUUGAUAUUGAGGUUGAAAUUUUAAAAAAUUACAGCAGAUUUGGGCCAAGACAUGUCAUUAGACAUUAUAACAACAGCCAAAACGCGCUUUGAUUCACAAGCAUAAAAACACACGGCUAAAGCCUACAUACAGCCUUCAUACAAGGUAACUUCAAAUGUGUUAUUCACUUUCUCGUUAUCUGUAUUACAUAUUGCCCUGUCAUGGCAUAUGUUUAUGAUUACGAGUAAGUCGUAUGAAAUCUUAUUUUGGGUUUGCAAAAGUCAAGCUGGAGACAUUUGUUACCCCUUACACUGAUAACCAUCAGCAAAGCAUGAUGAGCAUUAUCUUCUGCUAUCACACAGCAGUUUUACUGUUUUGCAUGAGAUAUUUUGUCUGUGGACUUUCCUUUUUCUUUUUAUAAUAAAUACUUUUACCAUAAGUAGGUAAAACCUUUGACAUAUAUUAAAAAAGCCCCAGUGCAGACUAACAACAGUGCAGUA